AUGAAAGAAAAAGUCUCCGAGCAGCUCGAGAAAUAUUUCUUUAAUCUUCAGUAUGAAGACUAUGAUAAACCUGCCCAAAAACUCAUCCAGCUUCUAUCCUUGGAAACUGAAGAAUGCGAAGAACUAUAUCAAAAAGAGCCACAACUUUUUGACCAAUACUUUAAAGUAGCUAAAACAAAUGAACCUGAUACCGAAUCAGAACAGGAAGACAAUCCUAACAUAAACGCUGUCAAGUUCGAAUACUCAGAUAGCAACGAAGAAAUGGAAGCAGAAUCUUCAUAUAUGGCCGCAAACAGAGGCGAGAGAAAGAAGAAAAAGAACUAUGAGUUCAAAAUGCCUGUCCAUAAUGGUAUUCCAAAUAGUGGUAAAGGACCCAAUACGAUCAAUGUCCUCAAUAUUGAUUGUAUCCAGGACUUAAAACUCAGAGAAAGAGUUAUAGAAAAAUGGGUUACUGAGAUUUCACUAAUCUUACAAACAAACCCAGAUGAAUUUGGAAAUGCAAAAAAUGUCCUCCUACUUUUAGAACACAAGACUGAUGGAAUUGUGCAAAAAUUCCUUAGAAAUAAUAAUUGGAAUGAAGAAUUACAUGGAUUAGACCUUUUUGAUAAUCUUAUAAAUGUCAUUUACACUACCUUCUUAGGACUAGAUUAUGUCUCCAAUAAAGACUUCACUAUAAAUAAGAAAGUCGACAUAGCAAGAGUCUCAAUGACAAAACUCCAGUUACAUGAUAUUUGUCUCCUUGACAAAUACACAUGUAGAUAUGAAUCAUAUCUUUAUGAUAUUCCACAGAGAUGUGAAUAUUCACAAUGGAUAUCUGCUUAUCUUAUGAAAAUACCAAUCAUUGGAGAAAUCUGUACUGAAAGAUGGAAAAAAGAAGCCAUUGGAGAAAUUCAGCAAACCAGUCUUUCUUAUGCAACAAAAAUUGCAAAAGAAGAAAUUGACAGAAUAUGUCAAGACAGGUAUAAACAACAAAAGCUUAAAACUAUAAGCAAGGAUUGUUGUAACAUUCUGUCUGAUUUCAAAGAUUUUGAUAUCGGAAGAAAAACUUAUACUAAGAAAAAGUAUAAAGAUAAAAACAAAAAGAAAUACAAAUCUUUUUGGAAGAAGAAAAAGAGAAGAUUUUCUCCAGGAAAAUACUUCAAAAAAUCUUCGAAAGAAACACCAAAAAGAAUACUUCCUGCCCACAAGGAAAGAAAAAAUGCAGGUGUUGGAUUUGCAACGAAGAAGGACACUACGCUAAUGAAUGUCCAAAUAGGAAAAAGUACCCUGACAAGGUCAAAGUAUUACAAGCCGCUAAUAACGGAGGCUAUGAAGCUCUUGAAGAAGAAUACGACGGUACACAACAUGUUUUCAUUCUACAUGUUGAUACUAAUUCCUCGUCAUCCUAAGAAGAAGAUGAAACUACUACUGAUGACUCAGAAUAGCCUUAAACAGACUCCAGCUUUUAAGACGGGUGAGGUUACUGAAGCCUUUAGUAAAGGAAAACCAAGUUUUCUUGAAACCCAGAGAAAGGGUUCUAAAGAAAAACAAAUUCCGGGUACCAAUAUAACCCAAGAAGGAAUUAAUGAAAAAAGGAUUAUUUCCAUUCAAACUACCAGGUUCAAACAGAUUGAAGAUCUUCUUGAAAAAGUUUGUUCUGAAAAUCCUAUUGAUCCAGAUAAAACCAAAGGAUGGAUGAAAGCUUCAAUUAAGCUCAUUAAUCCCAAAAUGGUUAUUAGAGAAAAACCUAUGGUUUACUCUCCACAAGAUAGAGAAGAAUUCUCCAAACAAAUCAAGAAUUACUUGAUAUGA